GGAUGGAGUGUGAUGCCCCUCCCCCUCCUGCUGCUGCUCUGGGGCCCCUGGCCCUGAUGGAGACCCGGGCGGACUCCCACUCCCUGAGGUGUUUCUCCACCACCAUGUCCCGCAAUGGCAACGGCAACAGCAACGGCAAUGGCAACCACAACCACAAUGGGGAGCCCCGUGUCAUCGCCGUGGGGUACGUGGACGACACGCAGUUCGGGCGGUUCGACAGCGACUCUCCAGGCCAGAGUGUGGAGCCGCGGGCGCCCUGGGCGGGGCAGGUGGGGCAGGAGGACCUGGACGAGGAGACUCAGAACCAAAGGAACAACGCACAGUGGUUCCAAGUGCUCCUGAGGGACCUGCGCGGCCGCUACAACCAGAGCGAGGACGGGUCUCACACGCUCCAGAGGAUGUGUGGCUGUGAAGUGGGGCCAGACCUGCGUCUCCGCGGCGGGUAUGAAAAGUUCGCCUACGACGGCGCGGAUUUCAUCUCCCUGAGCGAGGACCUGCGCUCCUGGACCCCCGCGGACUCGGUGGCUCAGAUCACCCAGCGCGAGUGGGAGGCGCAGGGGAGGGCCAGGCGCGUCAGGAACAGUAUACAGGGCAGGUGCUUCCCGUGGCUCCUCAGAUUCCUGAAUUUGGGGAAGGAGGUGCUGCAGCGCACAGAUCCCCCAAAGACACAGGUGACCCACCACACCACCUCUCACCAGAAGGUCACCCUGAGGUGCUGGGCCCUGGGCUUCUACCCUGCGGACAUCACCCUGACCUGGCAGCGAGAUGGGGAGGACCUGACCCAGGACACAGAGCUGGGGGAGACCAGGCCUGGGGGGGACGGAACCUUCCAGAAGUGGGCAGCUGUGGAGGUGCCUUCUGGAGAGGAGCAGAGAUACACGUGCCAUGUGCAGCAUGAGGGCCUGCAGGAGCCCAGAGUCCUGACUUGGGUGCCACCUUCUCAGCCCACCGUUCCUACUGACUCCACUAACCCCACCGUGGGCAUCAUUGCUGGCCUCGUUCUCCUUGGAGCUGUGCUCACUGGAGCUGCGGUGGCUGCAGCUGUGAUGUGGAGGAAGAAGCACUCAGGAGAACAAGGAGGAAGCUACACUCAGGCUGCAGGCAGCGACAGUGCCCAGUGCUCUGAGGAGUCUGACAGCCUCUAAAGUGUAAGCCAGCUGCCUGGUCGGGGCUGAGUGAUGCCGGAUAUUUUCUCACCCCCACUUUGUAGCUUCAAGAUCUGCUGGUUUCCUUUGCUGCAAAAGGGCAUCAGAAUGUGUCUCUGUUCUUAUGAGAUAAUGCAAGGAGGUGGGGAGACUGGCCCAGCCCUGCCCACCAGGCCCCUCCCCACACUGACCUGUGUCUUUCCCUAAUGAUUUUCCUACUGCAGCAGAAGCAGCUUAGUCUGUGUCUACCCAUCAUUGUGUUUUCUUCAAGAAUAGUAACUACUUCCCCCUUGAAAUAAUAACCUGAAAUUACUUUUUGUAAGCUUGCCUGAUGGGUUUGGUGGGCUAAUAAAAAUGAUUCCUAAAAUUUGAGAUGAAAUAAAUGGGAAACC